UAAUCAAUAAGUGAAUUUUAACCGUUCUGAAAGGAUUUUUGUUUGUUAGAAAUGAAAGUCAAUCAAAGUAAGAGUUAUUUAUAAAAAGAAACAUGGCUGCUUCCAUGAAGUUUGUGUUCGGAAAUGCCAGGGAUGUAUUUUGUAGAAAACUUGAUUCUUUGGAAAACAACCAUGAUUGGAAAGAAAUAUUCCAGUCAGUUUGUGGAAGUGAAGCUGAGAAAAAAUUGGCUGUAGAUCAGGCAUUGCGAGACAGCAUGAAGGAUGUAGUUAUGAGGGCGGAUGAUUGUGAAGAGUACAAAAAAGUCAUCUUACAUUCCAUAGAAAUGGCAAAGGAAGAUUUGUGUUCUGUAAUCAUGCCAUUCGUCCUUCUGUCUGAUAUAUUUGACUUGAUCACAUUGAGUCAGUGUGAAAUUGUCUUCUACUUAGUGGAGGAGAAACUACCUGUGUGGAAAACACCACUGUUUUAUGAUUCUGGGAAAAACUAUCUUUUGAGGAUGUGCAAUGAUCUGCUCAGAAGGUUGAGCAAGUCACAGAAUACAGUUUUCUGUGGGAGAAUUCAGCUGUUCUUGUCAAGAUUGUUCCCGUUGUCAGAAAAAUCAGCUUUGAAUCUCAUGAGUCAGUUUAACCUCGAAAAUGUCACAGUGUUUUCCACAAAGUCAGAGGAAGUCAAGCCCAAAUCUCAUGAUAUUUCUGAUGAUGUCAUGGAGGUUGAAGAAGGGGAAAUGGAAGAUCUCACAGGGUCAACACCAGUUGAUUACAACUUGUACAGGAGGUUUUGGGCACUUCAGGAUUACUUUAGAAAGCCUACACAGUGUUAUGAUAAAGUCCCUUGGAAAGCAUUUCAGCAGAAUGCUGAUGUAGUACUGAAUGCCUUUGCCAGUGCAAAGCUGGAUGACAUGAAAUCAUCACGAAGGAAACUAGAUUUACCUCGGCCAGCAGACACAAGAGCAUUCUUUGCCAAAUAUUUAACCAGUGAAAAGUUGCUGGACCUGCAAUUGAAUGACAGUAAUUUCAGAAGAUAUGUGCUGGUUCAGUUCCUCAUCCUUUUCCAAUAUUUAAAUUCACAAGUUAAAUUCAAAAGUGCCAGUCAAAAUCUUUCUGAUGAACAGAAUCAGUGGAUCAAAACAAUACAGGAUAAAGUUUACCAGCUAAUCAGAGAAACUCCUCCUGAUGGAGAGCAGUUCUGUAAGAUAGUGCAGCAUAUCUUAGCAAGAGAAGAACACUGGAAUAAGUGGAAAAAUGAUGGGUGCCCAGACUUUGCAAGAAAACCUGUUGCAGAAGACACAAAAAUAAAGUCUAGAGCAAAAAGACGAUGGGUAGGAGAUGAUCUUCAAGCACAUGGAGGGAAAAUUAUCAAAAUGGGCAGUGCAGAGCUCACUAGAUUAUGGAACAUCAAUCCAGAUAACAUGGAAGCCUGCAAAGCAGAGAAGAGGGUAUUUUUACCCUCAUUAGAAGAUUUCUUUGCUGAAGCCAUGGAGCAAGCUGAUCCUGAGGCUAAAGUUGAGGAACAGUACAAAAUGGUGAAUAAUCCUGUAUUCCAAUGGAAGUCGCUUCGACUUCUAGCGAGACAAAGCCCCCAUUUCUUUGGUCAGCACCACACUCCUGCCAUGCCUCUCCCUCAGUACUUGGAACUUAUGCUAAACAAGAUAGCACAAGAGUUGCCAUCCACAGGCUCCAAUGGAGAUGUAGCACCAGAGGGAAACAAUGAGGAAAUGAAGACAGAGGUGGGAGAUGAUGAGGCUAUUAAAGAGUCCCAGGAAGUAGAAGAUGAAGAACUCAAGGCUCAGGCAGAGGAAGCAGGACGAGAAGAAAUACCAGAGGACAUUCUGUCAAAGGAUCAAAUAGAACUUGUUGCUGAAAAGCUUGGUGAGGACUGGAAAAGGCUUGGCACAGAGUUAAACUUCCCUGAAGAUGACAUGAGCUAUUUUGAGACAGAAAACAAUGAACAAGUAGCUUGUGCAAAAAAGAUGUUGACUAUUUGGCAGGAAAAUGAGGGUGAUAGAGCAACAGCUGGUACCUUAAAGAUAGCACUGAAGGAAGUGGGGCUGACCGAAGUGAUAGAUGCUGUGUUUGGAUCUACAUGAAGCACUCUAUUAAAAGGACUUUUUGAAAGAGCAUUAAAUUUUGUAAAAAUGAACUGCUCUUAUUAUCUAGUUUCAAUUCAAUUGUAAAAAUUAGAUUUAUUUUCAUGUUGUUAUCAGUGGAUUUUUGUUCAUCAGUCAAUAUGAAUCCAAUAACAUGUGAAAUUUA